ACAAGAAGGUCCUUCAUUUCGUUCGUCUGUGAUUUUGACUACAGAGUGGCAGUAGAACGCAGAGGUCUCCCCUCCAUUGUUAUAUGCGCAGAGCUUCUGAACGGCCACUGGGUCUGACAAAGGCGUUUUCGUCUUAAAAUCUCCAAGGCGAGAGAAAGUUCAGGCUUCAGAGCCAUAGAGAGAGAAAUUAUGGAGCGGCGAGGUGGAAGCACGUAGCGAUCGCCGUUGAUGAGAGACGAAGCAGCGGAAGAUGCGUCGAGAGAUCUCGUUUGUGCUGCAGCCGCGGUGCCUUCUUCUCGUCCUCGUCCUCACUGUUAUCCUCAUUUUCUCACUCUCCAUCUCUCGCCGGGUGGAAGAAAAGGUGGAAGAAAAAGUGCAUGAAAUUACCCAUAGAGUGUACUUCGAUGUUGAUAUUGAUGGUCAGCGUAUAGGUAGAAUUGUUAUUGGAUUGUACGGUCAGGUUGUACCAAAAACUGUUGAAAACUUCAGGGCUCUUUGCACAGGGGAGAAAGGCAAGGGUGUAAGCGGUAAAAAACUCUAUUAUAAGGGAAUACCAUUUCAUCGUAUAAUAUCUGGGUUCAUGAUCCAAGGUGGAGAUAUCAUCCAUGGUGAUGGGCGAGGAAGUGAGUCUAUCUAUGGAGGCACUUUUCCUGAUGAAAAUUUCAAGAUAAAACAUUCACAUGCAGGUACUGUUUCCAUGGUAAAUUCAGGACCUGAUUCCAAUGGCUCACAGUUUUUCAUUACGACUGUCAAGGCCAGCUGGUUGGAUGGGGAGCAUGUCGUCUUUGGCAAGGUUAUUCAAGGAAUGGACACAGUUUAUGCAAUAGAAGGUGGUGCUGGAACCUACAACGGGAAACCGAGGAAGAAGGUUAUCAUUGCUGGCUCUGGAGAGGUACCCAGGAGCAAGUGGGAUGAGGAAAGCUAAUGCCUUUCGUCAAAUUCACUGUUCUUUUUUUUUUUUUUUUGGCUUUUACUUAUAACAAUAUAGCAAGUUCAUCAGUUUUGAGUGUAGUGAUAUCAUUUUUAGAUGAUCGAUUCAUAUUCUGUUCCCUUGUAUUUGUCCAUUAAGUUAUGAUAGUCAUGCCCCAGUUUUCAGAACAUAACUAUUAUGGGCUCUUUUGGAGACAUUCAACUUAGUCUUGAUUUUUUUUUUUUGGGUAACUGGUUAAUGUCACUGAUACAUAAAUGUUAGCUGCAGAUGAAGUUAUAAUGGAAAAAAUAUGUUUUGCUUUUCC